CACCGGGGAGCGGGCCGCGCCGGGGGCGGGGGCCCCCGCACGCCAUGUCCGCGGAGAGGCGGCCGCGCCCGGGCCCGAGCGGCGAGGGCAUCAAGUUGUCAGCAGAAGUCAAACCAGUUGUUCCAAAACAUGCGGCAGUAACUGUGGGAUGGUCAGAACCCUCAGAAGCUUGUGUCUUUCCUAGAUACUUAACUACAUGCUACCCACUUGUUCAGGAACCAUCUUUGGAUAAUGUUCUGGGAGAUCCUGCAUUCCAUGAAUACUCCAGCUGCUCUUACUCACCUGAUGUUGUUGCAAAUGCAUAUCCAGUAGCUGGCUCACAGUAUCGCUCUAACAACUCAACACACUCUAAUGGUUUGGGAAUAGUCAGUGAAUCAACUGAGAAAACAUAUCCAAUCAGACAAGAAAGUAAGAAUCUUUCAAAGCAGAGGAGAUCAAAAGAGAGUGAGAAAAAAAUAGACAAGAAAAGGCACGAUGGAGAUGACUCUUCUGUCAGAAUUGUGAACAGGACUUCGUACCAGACCUCUGCAUGCAGCAGAGAUUCCGUGAAGCCAGACAGGUUCAGUAACACUACAAACAAGAAGCCAACUCAGACUCCAAAAACAGAGUCUCUUCCUGUACCUGCAUUUGAAACUAGCAUCCUGGAUUUCCACAAGUCACAGAGUUUGGGAAGCAGUGAGAAUGUACAGCAUAGAAGUGGACGCAUAUGUUCAGCGGGAAGUAAUAUUACGUGCCUUAGUCAACCACAGAUGUCUUUUUGGUUGAACACACAGGAAGAUACCUCUGCAGAAUGCAAAGCUUCAACAAAAACUUCAGAUGAAACAGUAGCCACCUUAAUUCCCUCUUCAUUUGAUGGUACAGCAUUUCCUGAAACACCUGCAGAUGGCUCUGCUCAGCCACACGUGUCUUGGGCCAUGGUACUUUCACAGCCCCCAAAGAAAAUUGUGUCAUCACCAGUACCUGAAGGUCUUUCCAGAGGCAAAGGCAAGCAGGAUAGUGAAGUGAAGCAGUCAGAAACAAAAAACGACGCUAGUGAAACUGAGCCUGAAGAAGGGUCAGAGAAGAAGAAAAAGAAGAAGAAAAAGAAGAAAAAAACGAAGUCACCCACUGAUAUGGAGAAACCUCAAAAUGAAUCUACUACAAUACAGGAACCACCAAGGAUUGAGGAUGCUGAGGAGUUUCCUGAUCUGGCAGCUGCCUCUGAUAGAAGAAACAGACUAGGAUCUCAGAAAUCAUCAUUUACUCCUGCUGUCAGAAAGCAGUCUGAAAUCCAUCUAACAGAAGAGCCUUGGGAUAGUUGGUCUCCCACACUGGAUGGUACUCUCAAGGUGGAUGGACUGUCAGGGAAGCAAGCUUCAUCUUCUAUAUUAGAAAGAAAGAAAAUGCAGGAAACAUCCAGGAGCAGUGGAAAGAAGAGUCAAAUUCCUGUGCAGUUGGAUUUGGGUGGCAUGCUGGCAGCCUUGGAGCAGAAGCAGCAAACAGAGAAGUCAAAACAGUCUUCUAAACCUGUGGUGUUUUCAGUUGGUGGUGCUAUACCAUUGCUUUCUAAAGAACCUACUACAGUCACAAAAAGUCACCGAUCAAACCAAGGAAAGAUGCCUCAUAACCCUUUGGAUUCCAGCGCGCCUUUGGUAAAGAAAGGGAAACAGAGAGAAGUCCCUAAGGCAAAAAGACCGACACCUCUUAAAAAGAUUAUUCUGAAAGAAAGAGAACAACGAAAACAGCAACACCUGUUAGAACAGACAGCAGUCCCAAAAGCUGAAGAUAAUAUUUGUAAGUCUGCAGAAAAUAUGACAGAAGAUGAAACGCUUCCACUGGAUGGUCAAGCAGCUGUUCCUGUAACACAAGUUACUGAAGGGUUUCUAGAGAACACAGGGAUCAAGGAAUCAACAAAAGCUUCUAUGACCUCAAAGCAGCCAGCCUCCAAUCUUCCAAAAAUCCACAGCAGGAAUUUCAGAGAUUAUUGCAGUCAGGUUCUUAGUAAAGAAGUUGACAGUUGUGUGACAGAUCUCUUAAAAGAACUGGUUCGUUUCCAAGAUCGCUUGUAUCAGAAAGAUCCAGUAAAGGCCAAGAUAAAACGCAGGCUUGUUAUGGGUCUCAGAGAAGUUUUGAAACACCUGAAGCUGAAAAAACUGAAGUGUGUCAUCAUCUCUCCUAACUGUGAAAAGAUUCAGUCAAAGGGUGGGUUGGAUGAGACUCUACACAACAUUAUUGACUGUGCCUGUGAACAGAAUAUCCCUUUUGUUUUUGCCCUUAAUCGCAAGGCCUUGGGCCGAUGUCUGAACAAAGCAGUGCCUGUGAGUGUGGUGGGAAUUUUUAGCUAUGAUGGGGCUCAGGACCAUUUUCAUAGAAUGGUACAACUGACAACAGAGGCCAGGAAGGCCUACAAAGAUAUGAUAGCAGCUUUAGAGGAAGAAGCUGAAGGAGGACCAAGAGAAACCCAACCCAGCAUCUUAACCACUGAAUAUGAAAAAAAUGGCUUAUCAGAAACUGGCAAAACAUCUUCCAAGGACUCUGAUGAGGAUGUACCAAAUUACAUUAAAAUCUGGAGGAGAAAACUUGAAGAAGAGUAUAACCCAUAUGCACUGGAACUGGAAAAGAGUGCAGCGGCUUCUGAAUUCACUAUCACCAUGUCAGAGCAUCAGUAAAAUCCAGAUCCAAUUCUAUUGGGCUUUUAAUUAUAUUUUUUCAGACCCCUAGGAAGAGGAUAGUAAAAUAAAAUAAUCGAAGAAAUAUCUGAAGUCAGCUAAGUAAACCAUUCUGAGUCCCUCUAAGCAAAAUAGGCACUGGAGCAAAUGAGGCACUGGCUAAUGCUUUUAUGUGCUGUGUGUUUGGUUGAUCACUAUAGCAGAUGAUAACAGCAAACUGUCUUAGCCCCAGACAACUUGGAAUGGAUUUAUAGGGUAGCAUUGAUUUGUUAGUGAUACAACAUAGCAAAAGAUCUUGCUAGAAGAGUAAUUUUAUUUGGGAAGAGAUACCAUGAGCCAGAACGUUGGGACUUGGUAUUUGCUUUUUGUAACUCUUGUUUAAAGAACUUCACCUGUUGUUUGUUGGUGGGUUUGGUUUUUGUUGGAGUUUUUUUUUUCUUCUGAAGAAACCUGUUCAGGUGGGCAGGCUGGCAUCAGCGUCACUCUCCUCCAGUCAGCAAGAAAUGUGUUCUGGGCAGGCAGUUUGUUUGUUUGAAACUAAUUAAGGAAGACUAUCAUGACAAAGUUCCCAGUCAGCUCUUCUUUGUGGUAUAUGUGUUCUUCUGGGAUCAUACAGCAGGUAUAAAGGGGAGUAUAAACUACAAAGGUCUGAAAUUCCUGCAGUGAAAAUGCUCUGUUUAGAAAUUUGUGAACUUGAUUAACUGUACCACGAUGGUGUUUCUUUUGCUACUGAGACUAGUUUAUCAUAGGUCUUGCUUUGAAGUUAUAGGCUAUUUUCUGAAGGACAGCAUAUGUGCCAGCCUGCCAUCCUAUGUGUACCUUCUCCAUGCUGACAGACUCCUCAUUCCUUCAAUUUGGGGUUUUGUUGGUACAUAUAUGAAAAAGUUUUUGAUCAGUAUCAGAUUGUAUCUAAGGUGGGGAAAAUUUGUAUCUUAAAAAACAAAAUGUGCUCAUAAUGAUGGUGGAGCAUGUUAGUGGGGAUGUCCUGCAUAAAUACCAUUGUUUACAAGUUGCAGAUAUAAGAGAACAAGCCUAAAGAAAGUAAUUGGAGGAUGCACACGUAACUUGUCAGUUGUUCAGAAAGAUGACAGAGAUGCCAUGUGCUGCUGCCAGCAUCUCUGCAGUGUGUCUAAGUAAGUGCUUCACAUAUGGAACAUUUGUAGUGCAAUACGUUGGAAAGUAGCUGCCUUGUGAAGUUAGAAGUGGUAUAAAAACUUUGAAUAAUUUUGAAGUUCAAACAAUUUUGUAGAAUGUAAAUUGUAUUAAAUGUUACAAUAUAUUGAUUCUAUAAAGUAUGGUUGUGACUCAGUUGAACUCUUCCAGUGGGCAUUCAACGAUACUUGAAAUGUCAGUUUUGAGGAGGAAUAUUGGCAAGGGAAGUCAUCCUUAAGCCGAAAUGCACAGUUGGUCACUGGUUAUGAUGAUGAUUUUUUUGUAUUAGUUUGUUCUAAUUUUAAAUGGAAAUUAAGAGUGAAACAUCCCAGUGAUGAAAGAUGGUUUUGGCCAGUGGCUAUCAAUCCAGAGGUAAGUUGUGAUUUAUUCAUACUUCUACCACUUUGAGACACAUCUAAAACAUUGAAACAACUAAGCCCAGUCACUGCAUGGAAUGGGGGCCCAUUCACAUUAACAGCUCAUUUUUCCUUUUUCUUUUUGUAUUUUCUAUUGUCUUCCUGUAGAAGAGCAUGAAGAGUUAUUCUGGAAACAAAACAUAGGUUGUUCAAAAUUGUAGGGAGUUAUUUCUUGUUCUUAGAGUACAGCAAAAAUUUUUACUGCUUUCAGUACUUCACUGCAGAGACAAGGCAAAGCUCAGCCAUGCUCAUCUAAAACUCUGACCUCAAUAUUCCAAAGCUUUUCCUUCCCCACUUAGCACCACUAAACUAAACUUUAGCCUGCUUGAAAUAUAUGGAACACAUAGAGAAGGGACAACACAAGAAAAAGCUUUUUAUAGUUGUCCCUGAGCCAUGAAAGAGGUCAGAAGAGAAACACAGUGUGGGGGAAAGAUUCCCUCUGAAUGCUGGUGUCAGAAGUCUGCACCAAUUUGUGAUUACCAAUGUAAAUGGUUCAGUGUGUACAAAUUUUCAUGCUGUAUGUGUCUGGUGGGUGGUCCAGUACUGGAGGUGGGAAGUAUCAUUCAGUUAAAGUCUUCGAGUGAGGAGAAUGUUUUCUUUAAUGCGGGAAACAGCCUAGUUUAAAUCUUACCUCUUAGAGAAUAAUCUAGGGAGAAGUGUAAUGCUUUCUGCUAUUGCUGGGAGCAGCUGUCCCUAUGAGCUCAAGCUAUAGUGAUUCUUAGAUGGCAUCUUACUUGUUUCCACAUUGCUGAAAACCACUAAGGAGAUAAGACAGAAAACUUGAAUUAUGCCUUAGACAUUUCUUUAUUAGAUGCAGAAGGACAGAACUUUGAACAGCAAUGCAGGAAAAUAGUUUCAAUAUGGAUUAAGUAGGCCCUCACAUUUUCACUCUGCAGUUGUUCACUAGGAAGAGUCUUAGAAUUCAUUCAACAUUUUUAACUUGGGUACUCUGUAAUCUCUUUGUAUUUUGAGCAUUAGUCAGAACUUCUUUAACUUGCUGACACCUGAAAGGAAUGCUCUUCAAAACACUGGGAACAGAGUAUGAGGGUAAACAUAUUAAAAGAAAGUAAGUGGGCAAGUUAAAGUGCCUUUAAAUAAAGGUGAUCCACAUCUUACUAUUCAUCUCUAAAUCAUAGGCCAAGAUUCUUAAGUCCAAAAUUAACUGGUUUGCUUAAUGAACUCAAAACAGAAGCCAACGUCAUAUUAUAUUGUUUGAGCAGCACAACUGUUACUGCAAUCAGUUUUGUUCUUCAUUAAGCUGAAAUAACUGGCGUCAGAAAACCAGAUAGUUCCAGCAUGGGAUGAGUGGCGUCUCUUCUGGCACAUAUAACUUAGUUAUUCUUUGGUGCAGUAAGGAUAUCCUCUUUCACCUCAUGCUUCAGGUGAUCCUCCUGUACAGCCAUUUUAAUACCAGCACUAGCAAAAUAAGUGUUUGAAAACUGUGAUAUUAAAAGAGUACUGGCUACACUUAA